CUAGUGAGCGCUCUUGUAUCUCGUGUAGCAUGAAAUGGUAUAAACAGUAUACGACAUUCAUAAAUCUUAAGUAAAUCAUUCGAUAAUAUAAAUGGAAGAAGUGUUUUUCCUGAUAUCAAGUAAAACCCGACGUAAAAAUGAGUGCACAAAUUAAUACAAAUACUGUAGAGUCAAGAAAAAUGAAUGGAGAAACUUCAACAAGAAGGGCUAUAUUAACAGUUACUUUGAUAUUCAUUGCGUCACUAACUGCUCUAUCUUAUGUCUAUAUGAGUUUUCCAGAAUUAGCAGAAGAAGAGAAGGAAUAUAUGAAAUUACCCUUUCAUAUAGAAGAUGCAAAAAAUCUUGGAAAAUUAUUAGGAAGAUAUAAGGAUUUAUAUUAUUUUGAAGUAUUGGCAGGUCUAUUCGUUACUUAUAUAUUUUUGCAAACAUUUGCAAUUCCUGGAUCUAUUUUUUUAUCGAUAUUAUCUGGAUUCUUAUUCCGAUUUCCUAUAGCACUUUUACUAGUAUGUACAUGCAGUGCAGUUGGUGCAACGCUUUGUUAUCUUCUGUCAUCAUUAUUAGGAAGAAAGUUAUUAUAUAAAUAUUUCCCAGAAAAAGCUAAUGAAUGGACAGUGAUGGUAGCUAAGCAUAGAGAUCAUCUUUUAAAUUAUAUGUUAUUUCUUCGAAUGACACCACUCUUACCUAAUUGGUUCAUAAAUUUAGCUAGCCCUGUAAUAGGAGUCCCUAUAAUACCUUUCACAGUGGGCACAUUUUUUGGUGUUGCACCACCAUCAUUUGUUGCAAUACAAGCAGGACAAACAUUACAUAAUUUAACUUCGUCUAGUGAUGCAUGGUCCUGGAAUAGUAUGAUAAUUUUGUGUAUCUUUGCAAUGCUUUCUCUAGUACCUGUGUUAUACAAACAAAAGCUUAAAGAAAAGUUUGAAUAAAUUGGUAGUGAUAAUUAUUUAUAUUGUGACAUUCCCCAGGAUUGCUUGCUGGAGAUGCAUUUUAUGUUCCUAUAUAGGAAUAUAUCAUAUUAAUAAAAUAAUUAUUAAGAAACUUGUAAUUAAUCUAAAAUUAUUAUUUAAGAGGAUAUAUUUUUUAUUCCUCUACAUAUCUGAUCACUUUCAAAUGUAUUAUAUUAAUAGAGAAAAUUUAUUUUUGAUCUUACUUUAAAUAAUUCAUAUCUUUUAGUUAAAUUACAUAUUAGGCAGAAUUACAACACUUCUUUUAUUUAUUUUAUUAUUCUUUUAAUGAUGUCUACAAAUAUGUCUGUUUGACAUAUUGGUCUGCUGUAUUCCUUAAAUCUGUUAAAUCCUUUCUUAUAGCAAUUUCUAAUUUCUUAUGAAAUACUUGCAUGUUGCCUUUUUCAUUAUAUUUGUAUAAAUUAUAGUAUAUGUAAAUAAUUACUAAAAAUGUAAGGCAAACAAGUCUUGCAAAUGUAAGUCUUACAUAUAUAUAUAUUAGAUAGAUUAUUGUCUCAGAUAAAAUAAAUUGUGAUGAUACAAAAUAUAAAAUUAUUUAUUAUAAUAUAUAAUUUAUUAUAAACUUUGGCAAAAGUAUCAUAUUGCACAUGUUUAUUAUUAAUUUUAAUAUAAUUCUAACAAAACGAAGUAAGAUAACUUAUAGAAAUAGCAGUUGAAUUAGAAACUGGUAAACUCAUUGGACGCCAAUACCACCAAUUAUACCAUACUGAAAGAAUUAUAAAAAUAAGUAAGUUUCCUUAUAUUAAAAGUAGAACAUAGAUGUAAAAGAUGAAACAUACAUGUGUAUCCAUUUGAAAGAAGAAUCGUAGAAGUUUUGCAAUUUUGUUGACACUCUAAGCUUGGCAUCAUCUUUAUUAACCUUGCUCCAUCAGUAAAUCUUAAUAUAACAUUACUGCAUUCAGGUCUAGGCUAAAAUAAAUUCAUAGAAUUUCUUAUUCUUUUAAUCUAUUAUUUUAAUUUAUUAUUAAUUUAAUACCAAUGAAUAAAGAGGAGAGUUUGCUUCAUCGAUAAAUAUAAAUUUCUCUAUACUUUGUCCCCACCAAUUAGGAGUUUCCAUAGGUUUUGGAAACAAUUUACGUAUAAUUCUUCCAGGUUUCAUACGAUUUAUUCUCCAUGUUAUAUGCGUUGUAAGAAACUCAGAUGGAUAAAUGUCCAAUCUUUUAUCCAUAACAUCAUGGAUAGUACUAUGUAAUUAAAUUAUAUUUUCAUAAUUAUAAAAUAAUAAUAAAAUCAAAUAUAAGUUAUCAACAUAA